AUGAUAUUUCUUGCUCUGCAUAAUACAGUGCAUACUCAAUAUUCACUAUAUUAUUCGGAUAUUCGUCAGAGUUCGUAUCUGACAUUUGAUUGUUUGUACACUCAACUCAUCGAAGGUGAAUUAAAUGAAUAUUCAUCUUACAUUAUGAACAAUCAGUUGACUCCCUAUUGUCGACGACCUGAUAAUGAUGAAAAAGAAGAAGAGAUGUCUGAUAUAUUGAAUGAAAAUAUAGCAAACAAUAUUACUUUUAAAGAAUUGAGCGAACAAGGUAUAACAAGUGAACAACUUCUUAAUUGGUCAGCACCUAUCGAUCUUGCUGAACGGUAUGAAAUGAAUAAUCAAAGUUCAGAAUUAUUCUAUAACUGUUCAUCGUCAUGGUUUGGAUCGAAAUGUCAGUAUCGAUUUGUCUACAAUUCAUUUUUGUCAUUUAAUGAAAUUAUUAAAGCUUCGAUGAAAAUUCGUCCCAGCAUUUUUGCUGGCGUAAGUAUUACCACAUGUUAUCGCUUUUUAUCUGGUUGCCAUCGUGGGCCAUGGUCUUUAUGUCUCGACUGGCGGCAAAUAUGUAAUGGCAAAGUUGAUUGUAUGAGUGGCGAAGACGAACAGUGGUGUGAAACAUUAGAAAUGACAUCAUGUGCUGAUGAUGAAUAUCGAUGUCAUUAUGGUGGUCAAUGUAUUCCAUUAAUAUUUGCCCAAGACAGCUACUUAAGUAUUGACUGUCUCGAUGGUAGUGAAGAGAAAGACAGCUCCUUCAUGAAUUCGCCUUUCCAACAUCCUGUUUGUGGUUCAGUUAUCACAUUUCGAUGUGAAGAGCGUAUUAAUCGAUAUCCUCUUGGUUUUCCAUGUGGUGAUGGUCAAUUUUUGCAACAGACGGAUGUGCCAGCUGAGAGUUUAUCUUGUUUCAACUUCAGAAAUUCCGAAGUGAUGUUAACCAUGCUAACUUCAUUUGAUCACAUUAAAGAUAUUAAAUGUCGACAAGCAUUUCGUUAUUCACUAUUUUUGAAUCGAAGUUACUGUAAGUAA